AGGAGCGGGACUAGACGAAAAGGAGGAAAAUCAUGUUCUCAAUGAUCAACGGCCUGAGCAUUGGCGGUGGUCAGCAGGUAGCACAGGUGACGCCAACAGGUGCUGCAAUUAAGUUGCACUUUGCCUACAACAACAGCAACAUCAACGGCAGCAGCAGCACCACCAACAACAAAAACAUCUACAGUGGCCUUAAAACAGUGGAGCAAAAUAUGAACAACAACAACAACAACAAAAAGACGGGCGAAGUGCUGAAAAUGAUUAAGAUCCGGGAAAAAAGUGAAGCGAUUGUGCCAACAGGUGGUAUACAAGAACUAGGGAGCUUUUCGGGACUUUCCGCUGCAGCAGGAUCUUAUGCAGGGUCGGAUACAUCUCUGGCAGCUGGGCUCAUCCAAGGCACAGGGGGUUCUAUAGGCUACGCCAUAGGACUUUCACCCGCAUCUGGAAGUUCAGUGGCAUCAGGCGAACCACGGAUAACUGUCAUCAGCCGAGGGCCGUGCCGUGCUAAGGACUCUGCAAGUCCCACAGAACUUUCUCCCGGGUUGAUAGCAGGAGCUGCCGGAGAGGGUACAUCUGGCAUUGCCCAAGGAUCUGGCACUUUUAUGAACUGCCAAGUAGUUGCUCCUGGAACUAGUAUUUCUCAAUUGUUCAAGAAUUCAGCUUCUGUGUCUCCCUUGCUUGGAGUUCCCAUUGGUUCUGGGGCUUUAAGAGCAGUUUACAAAGUAGCUGAUCCAGCCAUGAGUGUCCGCAAACGACCAGCAAAUUCAAUCUGUUCUGCAGGAGCUCCCAGUGGUGUUGCUGCUGUAAGAAAGGUUUCCCAAAUAGGAGCCAGCGGACUCCGCUGGUUGCCCAUGCCCAGGCCCAAGGAAAACCAAUCAAAUGCUGGAGGAACGGAAAUUAAAGCUUUAGACAGAGGAGCAGAAGCACCUGGAUCACCCGGUGAAGCCGCCAAAAGUGCCUUAGUCAACCCUCAGCCGCAGCGCACAGAGGACCAAGAAAAUGCCUUUCGACGCAUCGAGGAUGUGCACAACUAUGCCAAGCUGCAGGACUACAGUAGCGACACCGAGGAGGAGGAGGACGACGAUGAGGAGCUCGAUGAAGAAGGGGAGGACGAGGAGGAAGAGCAGGAGAUCCAGGUUGAGUUACCGGUGCAGCAGGAAAUAACACGCAUUCGUCGCGAGGCCGACGAAGAGCAUGUGGACGUGGAUGUUGUAACAGUGCCGCAGCUGGAUCAGGAUCGCCAUCAAGUACAGCCGCAGCAGCUCCAGGAGGAUCAGCCGGCAGACAACAUCCGACCGGAGCACCAUGCCCGCCGCCCCAUGAACGCAUUCCUCAUCUUCUGCAAGCGACAUCGCGGCAUUGUCAAGGAGCGGUACAAGACCCUCGAGAACCGUGCCAUCACUAAGAUACUGGGCGACUGGUGGGCCGCACUUGACGAGCAAGAAAAACACUGCUUCACGGAUCUGGCGCAACAGAACAAGGACGCCUUCUUUAAUGCCAAUCCUAACUUCAAGUGGUACAAACUGCCCGCUCCGCCUCUGCGAACGUUGGCAACCCGUCCCAGCAAUGUGGCUACUGGUUUGUUUAUACCCAGCGAGGAUCAGACACAGCAGCAGGUGCGGACCGCACUGCAACUGCAGUGGGCAGAGCGAAGCGAGAUGCCACGUGCUCUGCUGCGUCGCAACUACUUUAAGCUGGCGGAUGAAACGCAGAUGGGCGAGCUGAGCUCCCUAUUACAAGUCCAAGUACAGGAGAAAGACUACGCCCUGCAGCAGGUGCUCAGCGAGACCAGUCAGUUUCUAUCCGCCCACAUGCCAGGAGGCAAUCCGAAUGGGAAUGGCAAUAAGCGCUCCUUGCCGGACAGCAACUCGAGCAAUUCCAGCGAGGAGGAGGCGGUCAGCGGUGGCUCUCCCACCAAGAAGGCCAAAUCAUCACGCUCCUGCAAAGGCAAGAUAUACCAGGAGCUAGUCAACUCUGGACAACUCGCCGCCAUAGCUAAGAAGAGCAAGGCCCGUUCACCGCCCGCAGGACAUUUGGGUGGAAACUUUGUAGACCUUCCCCUAGAUGCGGGGCCAAAUACACCGCCCGUUUCACCGCCAGAACGCCAAAACAGAAGUCCUGAUUCCAUUCAGAAGCAUCCGCGGAGCCUUUCCGAGUCUAGCAACAGUGGUUUUUUCGAUCUCGAGGAGAAGAUCAAGGAGCUGCCGGCCCUCAGCUUGGAUGCGUACCUGCAGCGCAAGCGUAGCACCAAAAAGAAGAAGAAAUUUAGCGGCAGUAAGAAACAGAGGAAUUCAAACAGCAACAGUUGCGGAUCAGUGGUGUCCAAUUCAGCACCUGCUGCGGCAAAAGGAGCUAUCACUGCAGCCAGCGAGCAUAUGGUAAGGAUUAAACAGCAGCAACAGCAACUGCAGGCUGUGGGCAGCCAGCGGCGCAAGGCGCGCAAAGAAAGCAUCACGCGCCGCGAUGUCAGCGCCAUCGAGCAGGAAGUGGCCUCCAUUCUGCCAUUGACCAUCAACGGCAGCUACUACUUUAACCAGAGUGGUGCCCCAAAGGCGGUGAAUGCCUCUGUAACCUCGUCGUCGACCUCGCCACCACUGUCUUCGAACUCCUCGUCGUCAUCCUCGUCACUAUCCUCGCAGCCGGCCUUUGACGUGACCUCCUCUACCUCAGAUCUACUCAUUCUGGCCGAAGUGGCCGCCAACCGCACUGAAUUCACCAAGUCCAACUAGCGCCAGCCGCAUCACCAUCACCACCAGCACCACUUGCUGGCCAGCAUGACCAAAUAGUUAGCCCCAAUCCAAAUAGCAAACUGCAAGAAUGUCGAAGUUGAAAAACAUAUAUUCACAAAUAUCUCAUCCUCCUUUAAAUUCUGUUAAAAUGUUCGAAAUAUCUCAUUUUUAAACCUUGGAAGAAGAAAAGUGCGUACCUUAAAAGCUAAUCAUAUCAACUGUUAAAGCAGGAAAGCCCAAAACUUAUUUCUUUUUAACAAUUGUAAACUAUAUAUUUACAUUUUUAAAUGAUUUUCGGGCUAACAUUAUAAGCAUAUUCCAAAUAUUUAAUUUCUAAACCCGUUAAACGUGGAUUAUUUUAUAAUUUUUUGAUGCAUUUUCUCUUUAACAAUUUUGAAUGGAAUAUUCUCUUUAAUGAAAAAAAAUGUCAAUUGCAAACUCUGCACUCUUGCACCCUCGAUACUUACAAUGCUUUAAGCUUUUUGCUGGUGGUGCCACAUGGAGAUGGAAAACAGACAUUCGUUGAUCUACAAUUUAGUCAAUAAUAUUAUGUAAAAACAGAAAAGCUAAAGGUAAUCCGAAAGAGAGUCGCGGAGGUAGCGAAUUAUGUAUUGUUUGUUAUGAUGGCGGCAGGAUAAACCCCGCGUCAGUUUCACACGCAUA